AUGGACCCUGUAAAUCCCAACCAAAAGGCCCGAACCACGCAGCAAUACGCCUUGUUUCAGCGGAAGAACUUUUGGAAAUCCAAUGAGGGCGAAGUACCAGUGUUCAACACAGAACCGGGCAAACUCGAAGAAUUAGCAAAAGAGAAACUCAGUCAAGGUGGCUGGUUCUACGCGUCUUCAAAUGCCGGCCAAUCGCACACCCAUACCGUAAACAGACAAGCGUUCUACCGACAUCGAAUUAUUCCGCGUAUGCUGGUAGACACCAACCAGCGCGACACUGCGACCGAGAUCUUUAAACACAAAGUUCCUGCGCCGAUCGGAUUCGCGCCUGUUGGUAUCAACAAGAUCUACAACCCAGAGGGCGAGCUACCCGUAGCAAGAGCCGCAGGCGCCUUAGGGCUACCAUACUGUCUCUCGACAGCAGGCUCACAGAGCAUAGAGAACGUAGGCCAUGCCAACGAUGAGGGCGUGAGAAAAGGACAAGGCGACACAGGCACCGCUGCCGGUGGUGGCGAGAAGGGGGUAAGAUUCUUCCAGCUCUACAUGCCGCACGACGACGAGCUUACUCGGUCACUCCUCCAACGUGCUGUGGACAGCGGCUUCACAGCCUGCAUCUUGACGCUUGACACUUGGCAGCUCGGAUGGCGACAUGACGAUGUGGCAAACUCAAAUUACGCCUUCUACCACGGGCUUGGCGCAGACCUGGGCCUAACAGACCCCGUCUUCCAGAAGAGGCUCAAGGAAAAGGGUAUUGACCCCAAGACACAGCCCAACGAAGCUGGCGCGCUUUGGAUCGAUAACGUAUGGCAUGGACGCGCGCAUACGUGGGAGAAGGCUGUGUGGGCGAUGAAACUAUGGAAGGAGCUCAGUGGUGGCAAGCCGUUUUCUCUGAAAGGCAUUCAGAGUGUGGACGAUGCGAAGAAAGCUGUUGACCUGGGCUUCGAUGGUAUCGUGGUGAGCAACCACGCUGGAAGACAAGUCGAUGGCGCGGUCGCAAGUCUUGACUCUCUUGAGAAGAUUGUCGAUGCUGUCGGCGACAAAAUCUACAUCAUGUUCGACUCUGGCGUCCGUUCCGCAUCCGACGUCUUUAAAGCGCUCGCUCUGGGCGCGAAGUUCGUAUUCGUUGGCCGUCUGUGGAUCUGGGGCCUUUCAAUCAUGGGCGAGACGGGAGUUGAUCAUGUUAUGCGCGGUCUACUAGCUGAUCUGGAUAUCUUGAUGAACGUUGGAGGGUUUAAGAAUGUCGGAGAGAUUACGAAAGAUGCGCUGGAGAGUGGGCCGAAGAGUUAUCAGCUUAUGCACACAGCUAGUAAGCUGUAG